CAGAGACAGAGCGGAUUGCCUGUGCUGCACCCAUAUCUUGUUGAUCGACCCCUGAAGUAAAGCUGAACCGGGACGGUAUUGGUGGAUCAUGGCGAAGCAUCACCCCGAUCUGGUCAUGUGCCGGAAGCAACCUGGCAUCGCCAUCGGCCGGCUGUGCGAGAAAUGCGAUGGGAAGUGCGUGGUGUGCGACUCUUACGUGCGGCCCUGCACGCUAGUCCGCAUCUGCGACGAGUGCAACUACGGCUCCUUCGAGGGACGGUGCACGAUCUGCGGCGGGCCCGGCAUCUCGGACGCCUACUACUGCCGCGAGUGCACCCAGCAGGAGAAGGAUCGAGACGGGUGCCCCAAGAUCGUUAACCUGGGCAGCUCCAAGACCGAUCUCUUCUACGAGAGAAAGAAGUACGGCUUCAAGAAGAGAUGAUGCUGGUGGCCUGCGCCGCGACGACGUGGUGGACCAGAUGGGUCAAUCAGAUCAGUCGUUGGGGGCGCCGGCCGGGGAGAAUGAGGAAGGGACGAGACUACAUGUUCAUUCUGGCACCGGGGCGCUUGUGUGUUGCCCCGGUACUGCCGAGUGUUACAGGAUGGAAAGAGGGCAUCAAGUGCUUCACGGGAAGAUGCGUGUUUUGUAUUGCAUGGCAUAGUUGCAAGCAGCGGUGGUAGAUGGAGAGGGUAAUACGCCGCUUGUUUUUCUUCUAGCUUUAGUGUUUCGUAGACAUGCGGGACUUAAUACAUGACAGAAGGAAAAAUGAGCAGAAAGCAAAAAAGGGGAAAAACAACCGAGCAUCAGUUUGUUUCCUCGUUGUACCUGGGUAGGAGGAGGGUGGGUGGGUCGGACUUAAGGGGAAAGGGAUUUGUAGAUGGAAGUGCAUGCGUGUGCGUUGCUCUAAGGCAACAAGCGAAUAGGAAGCCCGCAGCUACUUCAGAUUUGCCAGCGACGAGUGGAACUCUGCGGUUGGUUGCAUUCCCCGAAAACAAUGCGAUUGUCCAAGGGCUGCAGCAGGCUGUGUUCCCUUGUCGGGAGGACCGCCUCGUGCGCACCAAUGCACCUUGUUAUCGGUCACGUAGGACAGUUUUUUGCUCGGUGUGAGAGCCUGUGACUUGCCAACACACUACACAAGAAGAGAUGGCACGAUGAAAUAUCAAGCAUGGAUUUCGCGAAUCGAGAGAGAUGCGUGUUUCGGUUGAAACAUGGAGACUGAUUCAAAUGCAAGCCGUGAAAAGUGGUCGAGUUCGACUUGGGCGUGGGUCGUAUUGUCACACGACCCGGUAGUGGGUAGUGGCUACUACUCCCCAGGUGCUACUCCGCACGUGUGUUCCGUGGGCAAUCUCUCUGUGCAGAUGCCUUGUGUCAUGGUGGGUUUGGUUUUCGACGAGGAACAAUUUCCGUCCUUCUCUUUCCCACGACUCAAAGCAGCAUAUUUUUUACGAGUGAUUGCUGAUAGCCCACACCCUUUGUUUGCUGUUGCGAAGGUGGCAACUACUGCUCUGCCGUUGUUGGGUUGAUUACUGUGUGCAGUGUGGUGGUCUGGUCCUCGCCGACUGGUUCCUCUUGGGUGUGUCAUGUCAUGUCCUGUCACACCCUAUCGUGUCAUAUCAUGUCAUGUCCUUUCACGUCAUGCCUGUCACACGACUCUCGCUCAAAAUAUUA